AUGGUACGGGAGGGGCGGGGCUUCCGCUGUAAGCACCGCCCCUUCUCGUCCUAUAAGGGAGGGGGCGGGGCCAGGGCGGCGCAGGCGCGCGGUGGGCGCGGCGCAUGCGCAGUGCGGGAGCGCGCCCGGCCCAGGCGAGUGUCCGUGGCCAUCCAGUGCCUGGAAACAGCGUUUGGGGUCUCCAUGGAAGACCAAAGCCUGGCCGUGUCCCAGACCCUUCCCGAAAUAUUUGAAGCUGUGGCAGGGAAGGAGCUGGAACAUUCCAGAACAAACUCAGACCCUGUCACACCCUCAGAAGACGACGUGGCCGAAGCUGAAAGGCUCAAAACUGAAGGGAACGACCAAAUGAAGGCAGAAAACUUCGAGGCUGCUGUGUCUUUUUAUGGAAAAGCCAUCGAAUUAAACCCAGCCAACGCCGUUUAUUUCUGCAACAGGUACCCAACAGCUUCUCCCCACUUGGAUCCAAACCUCCUAAAUGCUCAAAAUUCCCAUUUUUUAAUGAUUUUUUUUACUCCUGGCUCAGUUUCUCGAUUUUUGUGGAGCUGAAGCUGAUGGUGACAU